AUGACGACUCCAACAACGUCACGUUCAGUCCCGAACCCUCGACCGGGUCCGUCACGUGCAAGACAACUUGGACGCUGCUGCUGUAUCUCACCUCGUCCGCUGAGGGCUGUGUGGGCGGCGAGACCGUCUUCUUUCCCAACGACCGCCGCUCCGCCAAGGAGGAGAUCCCGGUCGCCCUCGAAACGGGCAUGCUUCUCCUUCACAAGCAUGGGGAAGAUUGCAUGCUGCACGAGGGGCGCGAGGUCACGUCAGGCGAGAAGUGGGUGUUGA